AUGUCGGUCUUUUUUGUAGUGACACAGUGUCUUACAUUUCAGGCACAGUACUUCCACAGACACUGUGAUUUCGCGACAUGUGAAAUGACAUUGGGUGUAAGCCAUUCAGAGCUUAUUUACUACAAUGAUCAUAUUAACAGCGUCGAUGUUCCGCCCACACAAUUUGAAAUAAUUGGAAGUAUUUGGCGCUGUAGAGAAAGCCUUAACUGUGCAUGGAGAAUGACAGAGGUUUUCCUGCAUGUACCCCCGCCAACUAUAGACAACAAUUGGGAGGCUGGUAACGAGAGACCACGGAUAAGCAGUAGCACAUCUUCGGUUAUCGGCGCGGAAGACGAUUCUGAACACGCAGAACUUGCUCUCUCUGUCCGAGACCACGUCAAUGAAGCUCUGUACAUAUUCGCACUCUACUGUGCCGUCUAUGGGAGGCCGGUUAGUGAAGAGAAUACGUUUUGCCUUAAAUGCCUCACCACCAGAAACGCCGAGCACAGAGUGGCAUAUUGGCGCGAGGACUUGCACCUUAACAAUUUCCACUGGCCCUGGCACCUCACGAGUCCUUUCAACAUCGAACCCGGCAAGCGAGAUCGACGGGGAGAGCUUUUCUCCUACGUACAUCACAAUUUGGUGGCGAGAUACAACCUAGAACGUCUGAGUGUCGGCCUCAAGCCAGUUGAACCCUUUGAGGACUGGCGCGCUCCUGUGUCGGAAGGCUAUUUCCCCCACCUCACCGCAGGCAAUGGCUUUGAAUGGGAACAGCAAGACAACACUCUCAUGCAGGAUGUUAUAGGAAAAGAUACGAGCGAUGACUCAUAUAUUUCGAAUCUUGAGCUGUGGCGAGCUCACGUGCUCUACUCUAUCGAUGGAAAAUGUUUGAUUAGUGAGAAUGGUUCUCAGAUUCGCCUCACGAUGGGGGCCGGCUACUACGGCAGCAUCCACAACAAGAAGCAUACGCUGCUUGGCGGUUGCAAUGACCCAGAUGAGAAACACAUGGUAAGGGGAUGCCACAACUUCGUUGAAGAUGUUUUCCAUAGGUACAAGAUGACGCAGCCUCCGUACACGCCAGACCAGCUGUCCGUCGGUGUGGAAGUGUUGGAAGUCACGGUGCAGGAGGACAACGGUACCCCAUAUGACCACACUUUCUUCAAACAACUUUUUGUGGCGUCACGUGGAAUCGAUUUCCAAGUAGAUUCGAAUAGGAACAUUACUGUGCUCUUGACGUCAGAUUUCCUAAACCAUACGGACAUCACCUACCACAUCAAGGUUUGUUGUUAUUCUUAUAUACCUCUCUCUCUCUCUCUCUCUCUCUCUCUCUCUCUCUCUCUCUCUCUCUCUCUCUCUCUCUCUCUCUCUCUCUCUCUCUCUCUCUCUCUCUCUCUCUCUCUCUCUCUCUCUUUUCUCUCUCUCUCGACCUCCAUUUCUGUUACAGGAAGAUGUGUUGUGAAGUGUCUUAAUUACAAUUCACAAUACAUUUCAUUGGCCCCGACCUCGCCAAUGACUGUGGCUAACAUCCAUCUUUUUAUUUUUAAUAACUUUAUUUAUUCUAAACAAUAUAUAGAUUAG